UUCGAACCCCUACUUUAGUUACCAUGAAAUUUCUAUAUCAUCUGGGUGCACUGACUAUGUUCAUACUUGGUUUUGUUAGGUUAGCUUUUCAUUUGAUAUUACAUUUUAUCUCCAAAGGCUUUUUGAAGUAUGGUUAUUUGUGUGGUGUGUGAGAUGUAACGAGGGUGUUGAAAUUUGAUACUGAAAACAGAACUUUUCUCAUAGGAAUUUUAUUACUUCAAUCAAAAUCUUACAACUUUUAAUAUGUUAUGGUUUCUUUGAGAGCAUAGGAUAGUAUGAAUUAAGAUUUCUAGAAGGUGUUGCUAGCCUCUACCUUGCAUGUGCUGAUACUUCAUAUUUACUGAAAUUUGAAUCAAAUUGCUUCUCUUCUGCCAUUUCUGCUUGCAACUUCUGGAUUUUCACCUUCAAGGAUCAACAAAGAAUUUGUGAAAUUUUACAAUAUGGUGACCAGGUGUAGCUGUUGCUGAUUUUAAAGGUCAUGUACAGUUUCCAGGCAUAGCAAACUAUUAUAACAUAACAAUUCUCUAAGACUUGUUACUCAGUAUGAGCUUUAUUAAGGUUCCGAGCCCAAACAUUAAAUAGCCAACUUAAAUACACAUCUGAUCAGAAUACUGUAAAGGAAUGAGAAAUUAUUUUUUGAUAUUCAGAAGGUUAUCGAUGGAAGAUAUAACUAUCAACUUUUGUAUAAAUGUGAGUUGUAUAUGAUAGUGAUAGGAAAACUCCAGAGUGAAAGUGUUAAUUCAUGGAUGACUAAAUGUUUGUAUUACUGACAUGCUUUAAAUGUUGAGGUUAAGUAAUUACAGUACAGCUAUAACCAUAAUAACUUAAGUUUUAUGUUUGAUUCUUUUGUAACCUGGCCGAUGUCAAAAUCCUCACCAUAAAGAUGUAUUCAAAGAGGCUGAGUCUUGUGACCUUGAUGACCAUAUCCAGACGGAAUUGUGAGGGCAAACACGAUGAUACAGAAAACUUACCCUUUCCCAAUGAUGAACGAGAAUUCUGCCUUCCUGAAGCAGAUUUUGCCAAUAUGAUGAAAGAUAAGCUGCAACAAGAAAAAACAGACAGUGAUGUAGAACCAGACACUGAAACAAAACUUGAACAAAAGAAAGAAUCCGGUAAAAGUGCCAAAGAAGUUACAAAGAAAGAAAGCAGUAAAGAUCUAAAAGAGAACUCUCUUAAAAAAGAUUCAAAGGAAAGCAAAGAUGUUAAUAAAGAUAGGAAAGAUAAAGAAGUAACUAAAGAAUCUAAAAAGUUUAGUGGAAAAGAUAUUAAAGAUGGCAGAAGAGAAAGUAAGGAUGGGAAAGAAAGUAAAAAGGACAACAAGAAGGAUAUCAAAGAAGUGCCAAAGGAAACUAAGAAAGAAUCCACAGAAAGUAAGGACCCAAAACCUGUUAAAUCCAGAGGGAGCAUCAAAGAAAAGAAGGAAGUUAAGAAGGAGGACGAGAAAGAUGAAUCUCUUGCCACGUAUGUCAAUUCUGUUAAGAGAGAACGCAUAAGGGAGUUGAGUGACUCCAAAAGUGAUGACUGUUCACCAAAACGCGUGGCCAAACGCUCAACAAGAGGUUCCUUAAAACCUGAUGACACAAGUUCAAACAAAUCAUCAAGUCCCAUAACCACACCAACACCACCACCUUCCAAACGAAGAAGAACGUGACACGGUAACCAUUUCAUUAUGCUUGUGUGUGUGUGUAUAUGUAUGUAUGAGUGUGCCUUUGAAUGUGACAAUGCUGAAUUGAAAUUUGUAAUUGACUGUACUGCUCCUGUGAGAGGGAUUGUGUCUGUUAUCAAUUAAAUUAAGGAGUGUGAUAAUUUCAUAGUUUAAUAUUGAGUUUUAUUGCAUUAACUCUCUUAAAAGCAAAAAUGUACCUGUCUUGUUUUUUUAAACGAUCGAUUGUUCUGCGUUGCUUUAAUUUUUAUAUGCUUUUUGAAUGGUAUGAAUAAAAUAAUCCUGUGAUGUUGCAUGUGUUCUGUAUAUUAAUCCUUAUCAGUCCACGUUGUGUGUGUGUUAUAAUGAUGUAGUCCAAAUUAAUUCUGCAGUAGUUAUUUUAGAAAGUUACUGAUUCCUAACUCCAUUUCAAAAUAAUA